GAGGUUGUGUUGAAAGGGCAGGGCUUGUCUUGGUUAGUGGGCUAGUAAUUUCUUCUGCUAGCCUCCAAGUUUGUGCUUCAACAACAUUUCUGGAAUGUUCUUUAAGUUUAUCAUUACUUGGGCUCUAUGGGUGCAAGUGCAUGUGUGUGUAUGUGGCGUGGGAAGGGGGAGGACAGAGGCAGCAACCGCAGGUUACACCAUGACUUCAGCACAUUUGCCCAGACCCCUCCCAGGGGAGGAGAUGGAUGGGGUACACGGGAGGAAAUGAACCUCCUUAAAACCUGAAGGGCAGCAGAGGUAAAGCUCAGAGCAGAUGAUUGUGCUGGUGUUAGUGUUGAAAGAGCACAGAAGAAAGGCCGAAUCCUGAUGUGGAUGGAAGGACUGAUGGGGCUGUCACUGGGAGGGUAUGCAGAGCCAGUCGGGCUGUCUGGAGAGCAGUCGCCUCAGGAUGCACAGGGCUGGGCCUGCAGGGCUCAGGAGGCGAGGAGCAGACGGGUGAGAAUGGAGAUGGACGGGAGAGAUGAGUGCUUGUGAGGUGUCUUGACAUUGAGCUGCAGUCACAUCUAUUCCAAUUCAGAGAGCUACCCCAUUUUCUAGGUUCUCUCCCUCCCUUGAGUGUUAUUUAUGGCUUUGGGUUGAUGUGCUUUGCCAAAUACAGCCUAAUCAAGGGAUCAAGGAGGGAACGAUUCCAAACAAAGACACCUUGUUUGUCAUCCAGAGUCUAGGAGAUAUGGGCAAUCUAAAGAUACGGCAGGGGACUGCUAGUCUUUUGUGGAACUCUAAGUCUAGUUAAGAAAACUAUGUUGGUGAACACUGAGAGAAAUACUUGUGAUAAACGCUGGGGAAGUAUGUCUUUUAGUCAUCCGUUUUGUUGUCUUUGUUUUUGUUUGACUGAAACAACUAGUUAAGUGACGGAGUGAGUGGAAGACAUGGUCUCAUACAUCUGGUCAAAAUCCUGGCUCCAAAGCCCUGGGCAGGUUUCUUAGUCUCGCUAAGACUCAGUGUAUGUGUCUAUAAAAUGGGGCUAGGAAUAUAUGUGCACCUCAUAGAGCUUUGUGCAGGUUAGAUGGGAAAAGCCAUCCGUCAGCGCCUAGCCUGUGGAAAGCUCUAAAUUAAUGUGAAUUAUAAUGAUUACAAUUCUUAAUUUUGCAAGGAGACAUUAAAGGGACGUGCAUUUUAAUUUUGCUCCAUCACACACUCCCAGUUUCAUCUCACUUCAAUCCAUUGAUUGAUAGAGGCGUGGUCAAAGCCUGUCCCAUCCUCUGCGGGUUUUGACGUCCUCUCCUCCUCCCAAGCCGUGUCCUGCUCUGCUAUCAACACGUUUCCUGCUCUCCUGGCCUCCUUCUCUUCUCUCUCAUCCAUCUUCCCUCAAUCGAAACAGAAGCAAAGAGCCAGAGCCUUCCAUGUGGAGGAACUGAAAACAUUCUCUUCUGCUUUCUCAUUUGAUAGAUGAGGAAACUGAAGCUGAGGAAUAGUGAAGUUUGUCCAGUGUCAGAGCCCCGAAAUCAAUGGGACCAAAGUUUUCUUGGCGAUGUGUCAAGGUGGCGUCAUGCAGUGGUUUCACUCUAAACUGUAAUACCGCCCUGUUUAUGGAUUUGUUUACACGUCUUUCCCUCCUUAGGGAUACCCUUCUUCCAUGGCUCAGGACAGACUCCUGGAUCGAGCCAACAGAAGAACUUUCUGUGUGGACGUACGGACCCUGAAAACGGCUGCAGAUGAAGAUGGCAAGCACUCGCUGCAAGCUGGCCAGGUACCUGGAGGACCUAGAGGAUGUCGACUUCAAGAAAUUUAAGAUGCAUCUAGAAGACUAUCCUCCUCAAAAGGGCUGCAUCCCACUCCCGAGGGGUCAGACGGAGAAGGCGGACCAUGUGGAUCUAGCCACGCUGAUGAUUGACUUCAAUGGGGAGGAGAAGGCGUGGGCCAUGGCCGUGUGGAUCUUCGCUGCGAUCAACAGGAGAGACCUUUAUGAGAAGGCAAAAAGAGAUGAGCCCAAAUGGGAUAACGCAUGUGUUUCUAAUCACACUGUGAUAUGCCAGGAAGACAGCAUUGAAGAGGAGUGGAUGGGUUUGCUGGGGUACCUUUCCAGAAUCUCUGUUUGUAAAAAGAAGAAAGAUUAUGGUAAGAAGUACAGAAGACACAUGAGAAGCAGAUUCCAGUGCAUUGAAGACAGGAACGCCCGUCUGGGUGAGAGUGUGAGCCUCAACAAACGCUACACACCACUGCGCCUCAUCAAGGAGCACCGGAGCCAGCAGGAGAGGGAGCAGGAGCUUCUGACCAUCGGCAGGACCAAGACGGGGGACAGCCCCGUGAGUCCCAUUAAGAUGGAGUUGCUCUUUGAGCCCGAUGCAGAGCACUCGGAGCCUGUGCACACGGUGGUAUUCCAGGGAGCUGCGGGGAUUGGGAAAACCAUACUGGCCAGGAAGAUUAUGCUGGACUGGGCGUCGGGGACGCUCUACCAGGACAGGUUUGACUAUUUGUUCUAUAUCCACUGUCGGGAGUUGAGCCUCGUGACGCAGAGGAGCCUGGGGGACCUGAUCAUGAGCUGCUGCCCCGACCCCAACCCCCCCAUCCACAAGAUUGUGAGGAAGCCCUCCAGAAUCCUCUUCCUCAUGGACGGCUUUGACGAGCUUCAGGGUGCCUUUGACGAGCACAUCGGGCCACUCUGCACCGACUGGCAGAAGGCCGAGCGGGGAGACAUUCUCCUGAGCAGCCUCAUCAGAAAGAAGCUGCUCCCCGAGGCCUCUCUGCUCAUCACCACGAGGCCGGUGGCCCUGGAGAAGCUGCAGCACUUGCUGGACCAUCCUCGGCAUGUGGAGAUCCUGGGCUUCUCGGAGGCCAAAAGGAAGGAGUAUUUCUUCAAGUACUUCUCAGACGAGGCCCAGGCAAGGGCAGCCUUCAGUCUGAUUCAGGAGAAUGAGGUCCUCUUCACCAUGUGCUUCAUUCCCCUGGUCUGCUGGAUCGUGUGCACCGGCCUGAAGCAGCAGAUGGAGAGUGGCAAGAGCCUGGCCCAGACAUCCAAGACCACCACUGCGGUGUACAUCUUCUUCCUCUCCAGCCUGCUGCAGCCCCGAGGAGGGAGCCAGGAGCAUCCCCUCUCUGCCCACCUCUGGGGGCUCUGCUCUUUGGCUGCAGACGGGAUCUGGAACCAGAAAAUCCUAUUUGAGGAGUCCGACCUCAGGAAUCACGGCCUGCAGAAGGCGGACGUGUCUGCUUUCCUGAGGAUGAACCUGUUCCAAAAGGAAGUGGACUGCGAGAAGUUCUACAGCUUCAUCCACAUGACCUUCCAGGAGUUCUUUGCUGCCAUGUACUACCUGCUGGAAGAGGAAAAUGGAGGAAGGACGAAGAAUGUUCUAGGGAGCUGCUUGACGCUUCCCAGUCGGGACGUGACAGUCCUUCUGGAAAACUAUGGCAAAUUCGAAAAGGGGUAUUUGAUUUUCGUUGUGCGUUUCCUCUUUGGCCUGGUAAACCAGGAGAGGACAUCCUACUUGGAGAAGAAAUUAAGUUGCAAGGUCUCUCAGCAAAUCAGGCUGGAGCUGCUGAAAUGGAUCGAGGUGAAAGCCAAGGCAAAGAAGCUGCAGAUCCAGCCCAGCCAGCUGGAAUUGUUCUACUGUCUGUACGAGAUGCAGGAGGAGGCCUUCGUGCAGAGGGCCAUGGACUACUUCCCCAGGAUUGAGAUCAAUCUCUCCACCAGAAUGGACCACGUGGUUUCCUCCUUUUGCAUUGAGAACUGUCAUCGGGUGGAGUCACUUUCCCUGGGGUUUCUCCACAACAUGCCCAAGGAGGAGGAGGAAGAGGAGAAGGAAGGCCGACACCUCGAUAUGGCCCAGAGUGUGCCCGCAGGCUCUCUCACUGCCUGUUCCCUCGGGCUGGUGAACAGCCAUCUCACUUCCAGCUUCUGCCGGGGCCUCUUCUCAGUUCUAAGUACCAACCAGAGUCUGACUGAAUUGGACCUCAGUGACAAUUCUCUGGGGGACCCAGGGAUGAGAGUGUUGUGUGAAACGCUCCAGCAUCCUGGCUGUAACAUUCGGAGAUUGUGGUUGGGGCGAUGUGGCCUCUCCCAUGAGUGCUGCUUCGACAUCUCCUUGGUCCUCAGCAGCAGCCAGAAGCUGGUGGAGUUGGACCUGAGCGACAAUGCCCUGGGGGACUUUGGGAUCAGACUCUUGUGCGUGGGACUGAAGCAUCUACUGUGCAACCUGAAGAAGCUCUGGCUGGUCAGCUGCUGCCUCACAUCAGCAUGUUGUCAGGAUCUGGCGUCCGUACUGAGCACCAACCAUUCCCUGACCAGGCUCUACGUGGGGGAGAAUGCUCUGGGAGACGCAGGAGUAGAAAUUUUGUGUGAAAAAGCCAAGAAUCCACAAUGUCACCUGCAGAAACUGGGGUUGGUAAAUUCUGGCCUCACAUCAGCCUGUUGCUCAGCUUUGUCCUCGGUACUCAGCACCAAUGGGAAUCUCACGCACCUUUACCUGCGAGGCAACGCUCUCGGAGACAAGGGGAUCAAGCUCCUCUGUGAGGGACUCUUGCACCCUGACUGCAAGCUGCAGGUGUUGGAAUUAGACAACUGCAGCCUCACGUCGCACUGCUGCUGGGAUCUCUCCACACUUCUGACCUCCAGCCAGAGCCUGCGAAAGCUGAGCCUGGGCAACAACGACCUGGGCGACCUGGGGGUCAUGAUGUUCUGUGAAGUCCUGAAGCAGCAGAGCUGCCUCCUGCAGAACCUGGGGUUGUGCGAAAUGUUUUUCAAUUAUGAGACAAAACGUGCAUUAGAAACACUUCAAGAAGAAAAGCCUGAGCUGACCAUUGUCUUUGAGCCCUCUUGGUAGGGGCAGAAACAGGGCUGCCAGGCACCAGUGUUCUCUGGCCCCUCCAGCCAGGGGGCCUUGGGUGGGGUGAGCUGUAGUCCAUCCAGCCCAAAGAUCCUUCCAGUGGGGUGUUGGAGAAGAGAGCUUGCUGAUGACGCCUUGGUGUAGAGAACGGGCAUCUCCUUUAUGCCCAGGUGAGGAAGACCCGAGGGCAAUGAAAGCUUCUGGAUGUUGUUCUCAUCACAACGCGUCAAUUAGAGGAUGUUCCUCUUGGUGACCUCAUGUAAUUAGCUCAUUCAAUAAAACACUUUCUUUGUCUUUA